AUGGCUGCUGUAAAGAAGAACGACUCUACGAUAGAGGCGGGACAGCAUGUAAUCAUUAGACUCCCCUCGAACGGGUUGAAGAUUGUGUUGUUACAAGAAUCGGGUUUAAUAGGAUUGGGAAAAUUUGGCACAUUUGAAGUAUCUCACAUAUUGGGAUAUCCGCUAGGCUCAUCUUUUGAAAUAAUAGAAGACAACAAGGCAGUGCCAAUAAAAUGUAUAUCGGAGCAAGCAGAAUUAAAUGUUUUUGCGGAUAAAGAUAGAGAUGCCCAGAAGCAGGAGUUGACCAAAAUUUUUAACAAUAGUGCUGAGAAUAAUCAAAAUAUCGUCGAUAUUGGAGCGAAAAUCCAGAGUUUAAGCAAGAAGGAUAUUGAUGAGUUGAAAAAAAGUGGGGCGUCUUCAAAUGUUGGUCAAAUGAUUAUUGAAAAAAUUGUCCAAGGUCAUGAAGGUUUUGAUAAAAAGACUGUAUUCUCACAGCAGAAAUAUGUGAAAAGGAAACAGCAGAAAUUCUUGAGGAGGUUUUCGGUCGACUAUCUUUCGGCCUCCCAGUUGUUGGAGUAUUACAUCGAGAAAGACGCGAAUAGGGUGCUAAAUUUAUCAAUUGAGUCAUUGGGCUUGCUCAUGUCCUAUGGUAAUGUGAGACCAGGAGGUAAAUAUCUAGUUAUUGACGAAACUGGUGGUAUUCUUGUUUAUGCAAUGAUGGAAAGAAUGAACAACGAAGGGUCAAUUAUUCUACUUCACGAAAAUGAACAUUCAAAUCUCAUAGCCUUGACAUAUUCGGACUACGGAGAUGAGGUAAUUGAUAAGAUUGUAAAACCAAUCAACUGGUUACAAUUUGCUGAACCUGAAAAUGAAAAAAUAAAGUUUGAAGAAGUAGAUGCAAAAGAUAUCAAGAAAUCAAAAGCAAGAGAACAGCAUAACAAGCGGCGCGAGCGAGCGCAAAAGAUUAAUGAUAUCAUAGAUGCAGCACAAGAAGGCAACUUCGAUGGCUUCAUAUCAAUGUCGACCUUAUAUAUGCCUGAGGCAUUGGAAUUCAUAAUUCCGAAAAUUGGUGGUUCCAAACCAAUAGUCAUUUACAACCAGUGUAAAGAGCCUCUAGCAGAAGUUCAAGCUAACUUCACCAGCGACAAAAGGAUUUUAGCAUCUUCCAUAUUUGAAACAAGAGUGAGGCCGUAUCAGACUAUUCCUGGUAGAAUUCAUCCUACAAUGACAAUGAGAAGCGGUGGUGGAUACGUGUUGUGGGGCACACGAGUGAUUCCUAAUGUGGCUAUCAUUGCUGUAGGUAAAGGUAUGAAAAGAAAGCGAGAACGAGAAGAGGAAGAAGGAGAGUCUGUAGAAUUUGUAUCUGAAAACUCUGUGACACCGGAUAUGGCAGCUGACAAAUAA